CGUCUACGGGUAACCUGAUUGGUGGAUCCCGGGCGCUUUAUCGCGGUGAGUUUGAAACUGCUGGCACUCGGCCUCUGAGCUCCCGGAGUCGCUGCGUCCGCGCAGUCCGGAACUGCGGAGUGGCCGCCGCGGGAACCAGAGAGGGUCUAUCAUAACCUGUUGAGUAACUAUGGAAGACUAUAUCAAAAUAGAGAAAAUUGGAGAAGGUACUUAUGGUGUGGUGUAUAAGGGUAGACACAGGACUACUGGCCAGAUAGUGGCCAUGAAGAAAAUCAGACUUGAAAGUGAGGAAGAAGGAGUACCCAGUACUGCGAUCCGGGAAAUUUCUCUAUUAAAAGAACUUCGCCAUCCAAAUAUAGUCAGUCUUCAGGAUGUGCUCAUGCAGGACUCUAGGUUGUAUCUAAUUUUUGAAUUCCUGUCCAUGGAUCUCAAGAAGUACUUGGAUUCUAUCCCUCCUGGUCAGUUCAUGGAUUCUUCACUCGUUAAGAGUUACCUAUACCAAAUCCUCCAGGGGAUUGUGUUUUGUCACUCACGAAGAGUUCUUCACAGAGACUUGAAACCUCAAAAUCUAUUAAUCGAUGACAAAGGAACAAUCAAACUGGCUGAUUUUGGCCUUGCCAGAGCUUUUGGAAUACCGAUUAGAGUGUACACACACGAGGUAGUGACACUGUGGUACCGAUCUCCAGAAGUGUUGCUGGGAUCAGCUCGUUACUCCACCCCUGUUGACAUCUGGAGUAUAGGCACCAUAUUUGCAGAGCUGGCUACUAAGAAGCCACUUUUCCAUGGCGAUUCAGAGAUUGACCAGCUCUUCAGGAUUUUCAGAGCUCUGGGGACUCCUAACAAUGAAGUGUGGCCAGAAGUAGAGUCUCUGCAGGACUACAAGAACACGUUUCCCAAGUGGAAGCCAGGGAGCCUCGCAUCCCAUGUUAAGAACCUGGAUGAAAACGGCUUGGAUUUGCUCUCAAAAAUGCUAGUCUAUGAUCCUGCCAAACGAAUCUCUGGCAAAAUGGCCCUGAAGCACCCAUACUUUGAUGACUUGGACAAUCAGAUUAAGAAGAUGUAGCUUUCUGUGGAGUCCCUGCUUGCUGUGGCAGGGCCAGAUAGUGGCAUUUACUGUUGGCUCUCCUCCUGUCUUGUAUAUUUUUCUGUGAAGUCCCUGCUUGCUGUGGCAGGGCCAGAUACUGGCGUUUCCCGUUGGCUCUCUUCCUAUCUUGUAUAUUUUUCUUCUGUUUGUUUGUAAACCAUCACCUGGACUUUUCUUAAUUUCAUACAUAUAACUUAAUUAACAUGUAAAUAUUAUUCCAUAUGAAUUUAAAUAUAAUAAUUCUGUAUAUGUGUAGAUCUCACUGGUGGCUGUUUGUUACUGUAACAGAAGUAGAAGUGUUGCUGCAAGGAACUGUGGCGACUCAAAGCAGCUAUUCCUGCAGCUGGGACCAUGCAAUUUAGGAGCUGAGUUCAGCUCUCAUGGUGCUUUGGAGUACCUUCGUCCUCUGGGUACUUAAGUUUUCCUGUCAGUUUCUGGCUGCGUGUAAACUACCAUCUACCUUGUGAGCGCGUUUCUCAACUUGUGUUUAAGCAUCAGUAAGAAGACCCAAGAUCUGAGCGAUCUAUAGGACUUUUAGUAACGUAAAACCAACAUGUAAGUGUACCAAAAUGGGCCAGGUUUUACAGCUAGAGACCAAGGGCUGUCCAGAGAGGAAGGAAAGUUUCAGAAAUUUAUGAAGACUCACUAUUUUUAGGGUUGUGAAAGCUGUUUGUCCAGUUGGACUCCUGUGCCGUGGUCAGAGGUAGGUUAGAGGAGUUUCCAAGUCUAACUGGAAAACUGCUUAAACUUCUUUGACAGUGUUGUUUAUUAGCAGUGUCUAAAAAUGUCCUUGUCCAAAUAUUUAGGUGAGACUACUCACUUUGGGAAUUAAAUUAUGUUGCUUAGUGUAAUUCUUAGAAGCAGCCUGAUCUGUCUGCUAGUAGUCAAAAGAAAUGUCUGGAACUACUGAUCUUCAGAAUGAAAGGCUGAAAUGUUUGGAGUAUCUUGAAAAGACUGAGCUCUGACUUGUUCCUUCAGCCAGCUCAGUUUACGAUAGCUCAGACUCAGCCCCCCCCCACGCACUGAAGUCAGGGAAGUUCCUACAGCAUAAUGCUCUAUUUGUAGAUUUCUGUCUCACUUGGAGGGAUCAAGUUCACUAGACUAGUCUCCAAUCCUUCCAGUUUUCAGAAACUCCCUCGUGUUUAGAAAACUCUAGUGCUGGAGGCCAGCCUAGAGGUUUCUAACUCUAUUGCUGCCAAUUUCUUCUCAUAGAACCCAACCUAGGCAGAUCAGUAGUAAGUGGUUGGUGAAUGCUGCUUGCUGCAGAAACCUGUGGUGAUAUAAACUGGGCACAUGGCUAGAGAGCCUUGGGGUGGGGGUUGGUCAUAGACCCUGGUUCCUAAAGUUUUACUUUAAAACCCAGCCUCUUAAUAUCUUACUUAGGGGCAUGAGUUGGGGAUUUGGUGCCCCUCACCCCCCCCCCCCACAGGUUUGUUUAUACUUAAUUUGAAUUGGGUUUCUGACAUUUAAUCGUGAUCAGUGCAACACAUUUAAAUGACUUAAAAACUUCCAAUUUGAAGCACACCUGAAGUUAGAUUAUACUUUAACUUGCAUUGCUUCUGUUGUAGCUUCAAGUACUACUGUCCUUAAUUUACCUUUCAGAGGACCUACAGAUGUUAAAGUGUCCAUGUGUAAAAGUAAAUAAAAUACAGUCUUCUGGA